UGUCUCUCUCUCAAAGCAAGAUGUUGGAACAAGGUACAGGCAGAACUUAUCAAGAGGCAUUUGAAGCCUCCAAUUCCAGGAUUCAAGGAGCAGAUUCCAAUUCCUUUGAUGAUGAUGGCCGUUCCAAAAGAACUGGAAAUUGGAUGACUGCAAGUGCCCAUAUAAUAACAGCUAUUAUUGGGUUUAGAGUGCUGUCUCUGGCAUGGGCAUUUGCUCAGCUUGGUUGGAUUGCUGGUCCUGUUUCUUGGAUUCUGUUCUCUGUGGUGACUUAUUACACCUCCUGUCUUCUAACUGCCUGUUACCGUAAUGGAGACCAAGUUACAGGCAAUAGAAACCACACUUACACGGACGCUGUUAGCUCCCACCUAGGUGAAAUGAAUGCAAAGUUCUGUGGAUGGGUUCAAUAUGCGACCCUUUUUGGAAGCGAAACCGGGUACACCAUUGCAGCUUCCAAAAGCAUGAGGGCCAUUAUAAGGUCUCGUUGUUAUCAUAACAGGGGAGCAUGCAAAAUGAACAGCAGUGUUUACAUGAUUUCAUUUGGAAUUGUGCAAAUUUUAUUAUCUCAAAUUUCAGAUUUGGAACAGUUCCCGUGGCUCUCUAGUGUGUCUGUUGUCAUGCCUUUCACAUCCUCUGUAAUUGGACUCGGUCUUGUAAUUGCUCAAGUUAUAGGGAACGGAAUGGUUAAAGGAAGCUUAACAGGUGUAAGUAUUGGUGCUGAAACAAAAAACCAAAAAAUUUGGAGGAUCUUCCAAGCUCUCGGUAUCUGGGCCUAUGUCUAUUCCUACUCAAUGAUCCUUCCAGAAAUUCAGGACACAAUCAAAUCACCCCCUGAAGAGUCAAAGACAAUGUCGAAUGCUACUUUAGUGAGUGUCUUGGUGACAAGCAUUUUCAAUCUGCUAUAUGGUAGUUUUGGCUAUGCAGCUUUUGGAGAUUCAAGCCCUGGAAACCUGCUAACUGGUUUUGGCUUCUAUAACCCAUAUUGGCUCGCCGACAUAGCCAAUGUUGCCAUUGUUGUCCAUCUUGUUCGUGCAUACCAAGUUGACUGCCAACCCCUGUUCCAAUUUAUUGAAAAACUAGCAGCAAAAAAAUUCUCAGACAGUAAUUUUAUAACGAAUGAGUUUGAAGUACGAAUUGCUGGUUGCAAACCCUUCAAGCUCAACCUCUUCAGGUUGGUUUGGAGGACAUUUUUUGUGAUCUGCUGCACUUUCAUAGCAAUGUUGCUACCAUUCUUCACCGACAUUAUUGGACUCAUUGGUGCCAUUGCAUAUUGGCCCCUCACCGUGUAUUUCCCAGUGGAGAUGUAUAUAGUUCAAACUAGAAUACCAAAAUGGAGCAGAAAAUGGAAAUGCCUGAAGAUGCUUAGUGCGACAUGCUUCGUCUUCACAAUGAUAGCUGCAGUAGGUUCAACAGCUGGACUUCUUCAUCAUUUUAAAGUUUACAAGCCAUUCAUGACCCAUUACUAGUUCACUGCCAUUUCUCUGUUAACAUCAUUGUUAGACAUUACAUGUUUUUUAU